UGUGUGGAAGGGUUGCACCCCGGUGCACGUCACACGCGCCUUCGUUACAGGGUGAAGAUACAGGCAAUGUCACACAGCCCUCCUCAUCAUCACGACUAAAAAUUCACCGUAUCUUAUAUACAGUUAUUCUCGACAGCAUCUGGAAAAAAUAAUAACCGAAUCGCACUGGCUGUCGUUUAGAGCUCUGUGCUCCAGUAGGUGCUGUCCAAGGUCCUGAACUUCUCUAGCCCAGUUUCACUCUACUACAUGCUAACAGGCAGCUCCUGACACCCGGUUCCAGCACUCUUUACAUCAACGCACAACUUUCAACCAUGGAUGAGGGUUACAGAGACCGUUCAGCCUUCAUUAAAGGCGCUAAGGACAUUGCCAAAGAAGUCAAAAGGCAUGCAGGUAAAAAGGUGGGCCGCCACGUGGACAAGGUGGCUGAUGAGUACACCAAACGCUCUUAUACUCGCUUCGAAGAGGAAGACGAUGACGACGACUACCCCGUACAGGCCCAGGAUGGCAGCUACUACCGCAGCAAUAGCAGAGCCAAUGACGACGAAGGGGCUCACAGCGACUCUACAGAAGGCCACGAUGAGGAUGAUGAGAUCUAUGAGGGCGAGUACCAGGGCAUCCCCAGAAACGACUCCGUGGAAAAGGCUGACAGACAGGUGGGCGGAGUGGGACAAUCUCAGUUCCGGGACCCGGCGCAGUUAGAGGGCGAGAGGAGGAAGGACCAGGAGGAGCUGGCGCAGCAGUACGAGACCAUCCUUCAGGAGUGUGGCCACGGCCGCUUCCAGUGGACCCUCUACUUUGUGCUGGGUCUGGCUCUCAUGGCUGACGGCGUGGAGAUCUUCGUGGUGGGUUUCGUCCUGCCCAGUGCUGAGAAAGACAUGUGUUUGUCUGAGCCCAACAAAGGGAUGCUGGGUCUAAUUGUGUAUCUGGGUAUGAUGGUGGGUGCCUUUGUGUGGGGCGGUCUGGCUGACAGAAUCGGCCGCAGACAGACCCUUCUUAUAUCUCUCUCCAUCAACAGUGUCUUUGCUUUCUUCUCCUCCUUUGUCCAAGGAUACAGCUCUUUCCUGUUCUGUCGUCUGCUCUCCGGAGUGGGGAUCGGUGGCUCUAUUCCCAUUGUGUUCUCAUAUUACUCUGAGUUUCUGGCUCAAGAGAAGCGUGGUGAACACUUGAGCUGGCUCUGCAUGUUCUGGAUGAUUGGAGGCAUCUACGCUGCUGCCAUGGCCUGGGCCAUCAUUCCUCACUACGGCUGGAGCUUCCAGAUGGGAUCAGCCUACCAGUUUCAUAGCUGGCGAGUGUUUGUGCUGGUGUGUGCGUUUCCCUCUGUCGCGGCUAUAGCAGCGCUGACCACCAUGCCAGAGAGCCCACGCUUCUUCUUGGAGAACGGGAAGCAUGAUGAAGCUUGGAUGAUUCUGAAGCAGGUCCAUGACACCAACAUGAGGGCUAAGGGCUACCCAGAGAGGGUUUUCUCUGUCACCACCAUUAAGACGGUGAAACAGAUGGAUGAGUUGGUUGACAUGGGUGGAGAGGCCACAGCCUGGCACCAGCGCUGGAGGAUCAAGCUGACCAACCUUUUCCAUCAGGUGUGGGGCAACUUCCUGACGGUGUUUAAUCCAGAGUACCGGAGGAUCACCUACAUGAUGAUGGCCGUGUGGUUUUCCAUGUCCUUCAGCUACUAUGGGUUGACCGUUUGGUUCCCUGACAUGAUCAAAUACCUGCAGAAACAAGAGUACUCCGCACGCACAAAGGUCUUCAUCAAAGAGAAAGUGGAGCAUGUGACCUUUAACUUCACCCUGGAGAACCAGAUCCACCGGAAUGGAGAGUACUUCAACAACAAGUUCUUGAAUCUGAAGAUGAAGUCUAUGGUAUUUGAAGACUCCCUGUUUGAGGAAUGCUACUUUGAGGAUAUCACGUCAAGCAACACCUUCUUCAGAAACUGCACCUUUAUCUCUACCCUUUUCUACAACACUGACCUGUUCAAGUACCGGCUGAUCAACAGCAAACUCAUCAACAGCACCUUUCUGCAUAACAAAGAGGGCUGUAUGCUGGAUUUCAGCGAUGAGAACAACGCCUACAUGAUCUAUUUCGUCAGCUUCCUUGGCACACUUGCUGUCCUGCCUGGGAACAUUGUGUCUGCUUUGCUCAUGGAUAAGAUCGGACGUCUAAGAAUGCUGGCGGGUUCCAGUGUGAUUUCCUGCGUCAGCUGCUUCUUCCUGUCGUUUGGAAACAGUGAAUCCGCUAUGAUCGCCUUGCUCUGUCUAUUUGGGGGCAUCAGCAUUGCAUCAUGGAAUGCCCUGGAUGUACUAACGGUGGAGCUGUACCCCUCGGACAAGAGAACUACAGCCUUUGGGUUUCUGAACGCCCUGUGUAAGUUAGCUGCAGUUCUGGGCAUCAGCAUCUUUCAGUCGUUCGUGGGCAUCACUAAAGCGGUGCCCAUCCUCUUCGCGUCGGGGGCUUUGGCUGUCGGAAGCUUCUUGGCUCUCAAGCUCCCUGAGACUCGCGGUCAGGUGCUUCAAUAGUGCGGUAUCCCAGCCAGCAGUUGGCAGCGUUUGAGUAGGGAAUGCCCGACUUUGUCGCCCCCAAACCCUGUCCGUGAGUGAGCAAUGCUGGAAGCAGCCGAAAACAAAUCCCACAUUUACCGUUAUCUUCAUUCCUCCGAUAUGUGCAACUGCAUUAUUAUUUCAUUUUAAUUUGAUUUCAUUCAAAUAUGUUCCCUGCUGAUAUCUCAUUGUCUCACAGGGAUAUUGAAGACCGUGUGUGUGUGUGUGCGUGUGUAGAAAAACUGCCAUGUUAAACACAUUCCAGAUUUGCGUUAUGGUACAAAUGUGAAAUUUAACGUUCAUUUUGACUUUCCCUUUAAUCUUCAUCCAAGCAAUCAUGCGGUUUGAAAACCAUCACUGAGGACCAGUGAAAUCAGUAGAUAGACAUAUUUGAAUGGACAGUGUUGAUCUCGUGGUGCUGGUGAUGGUUAUUGUUGUUGAUUUACUCUAGUCCUUUGUGUCCCAAGAACUCAUUUUAAAAAGUGUGCGAUGCCGCAAUUGUCUGCUAUAUCGGCUCAAGCACUCCUCACUUUCUAGAUGUUUUAUGGCAUUAAUGCUAACAUCACAUUACUAUAGACAGUGUAUCAUUGGUUCACUCAUUUUUUGUUGUACGCCAACUGACGGAUUCGGUUGUUUUUUCAAAAUGUCUGAAUUUUGACAGUGUUGUGCAUGCAAUGAAGCGCGACAACUCGUAAGAAUAUGCUUGAAGAUAACUGAUGACAGUGCUCUGUAUUACGCUACUCUACCCAUGAUUCUUUGAACAUGAUGUAAAAUAUGAGAUGAGUGACAUGAUAGGUUGUCAUUUGUAUGGUUUAGUAUGCCAUUAUUCAUAUUUUGCAUUAUUGUUUUAUGCUAUCAACAUGUGUUUCCAGAGAGUUUGCAGUAGUUUCAGUUGCGUCCCUUUUGAAUGUGCACAAACAUUGAGACGAACGUUACAUUCGCCCUGUUUUCUCAUUCAAAAAAUCCAUUGAACACGUGAAAAAAAUCAAAGGAAAAAAAAUAAAUGAAGCACAAUGUGAUUUGAUUAAAAACAAUAGGUUUAUUUUGAUGAUUAUGUAAAUUAUGUAUUGAAUAUAAAUAUAUAAAAAUUAGCUGUAAUUCAAGUCUGUCUGUUUGAACACUCAAACUAUUAUUAAAUAUACAAACAUAUAUAUAAAAGAAAAAUAUUUACAUGUUUUGAACUAGUAUCAACAUAAUGUCUUAGAUAGAUUCCAUUUGAUGUAUGUAUAUACAGUUUUUCUGUUCAUUAAGGGAUUUAAUUUUUUAUCAAAGCAAAUAUAUUAAAAAUAUCUGAAUAAGUCCACUGAUUUGCAGCACACACAAAUGCCCUCCUUCAUGUUUUCUCUUGUGUUCUUGUAAAGAAACAGAGGUAUCGUCUGUAUGUGGGUAUGUGUGUAAGUAUGGAAGUACGUGUGCUUGCAUGUGAAAUGUUGAGUGUUCUCUGAAUAUUUGUAUUUAUUUAUAUAACUGUUUAUGAGAGUUUGAUUUUAUAGUAUUUUUUACUUUGAGUAUCUGUAGAAACAGAUGUAGUGCCACAUGCAGGGUGAAUUUUUUGCUGUAUCAUUGUUGACCUGAUGUUCAAUUUUUUGGUGACUUGGUAGCAGUAACUGAAUAUAGCAUCAAAAAGAAGCGAAAGUCAAAACUCAAUGGAUUUUAAAAACGGUGUGUUGUAACGUUUGAUGGGAAACAAAAACCAUGGAUAUCCCAUUGGGACAAGCACUGAGCUGUGCAACUUGUCCAAUUCUGCUAUAUUUUACCAAGCACAAUUAAUACAAGUUCCAUGGAGUAUCAUGGAAAACUGGUUUAAUAACCAGAUAUUAAAGCAAAAAAAAAAAAAAAAAAAGUCAGAGAACACAUAACCCCACCCGGCUGGAAGCUAUAUUUCAGUCCCGUCUCUUUUAAACACAGCCAGCGCUUACACAACAACAGUUUUUGGUGUCAUUUAACGUUCUUUACUGCCAUUUUGUAGGAUAGCAGCCAUAUUAUGUGCUCAGAGUAGUAACACAAUACAACCAACCAUUUUUAGAUUUAAAAAUACUUCAACCAAAGUGGUUACCAAACACAAACUAUUAAUUUUAGGCAUAAAUGUAACUUUUAAGCGCUUAAAAUGUUUAUAACAGCCUUACAUAUUAUUAUUUCAAUUGGAGAAAACGGCAUUGCGCAGUGCCACGCGUCACGUAUAUUUAAAAUGACCUGUCGUAGAAACUGCCAUCCCUGCCGUGACCUUCGGUCACCAGUAGUGUCACAGAUGCUGUAGUGACAAUCUGUAUGUGUGCCAUGUGUGACCGUGUGCAUCUUUAAUUGCCAAAUAUUUUCUACUUCCUCGGUUUGUACUGGCAGAUCUCUCAUCACGGCAGAAAAAAAAAAACAUGAUUUGUAAUACACUGACGUUCUAGCAGGGUGUGGUGAUCCAAGCAAGCGAAUAAAGAAAAAGUUUUAAGGCUUAUAGACAUAUCUCUCAAUCAGGUGUUUUACGCACUUAACGCUCUUGCAAACGGUUAAAAUAAGCCGAAAGCUGGUUACAAUUAGAGAACGCUUGAAAAAGAUAACUAUUAAAGAUUUGGUUUGUCAUUGAACUCUUUGUACGCACAACCAAUCAUUCGUUAAUAUAGAACUUAUUUGAUGUCACCAUUGAAAUCAUUUCCAAACAGUCCUGCAGUUUGUAGCCCUUCAUAUGGUCACAUCUCUUAAUGUGUCGCUGUUGUUCCCUUACGUCAUAAUUGCUGUUGUAUGCUGUGAAUUACAGUAACUAAUCUCAGUGAAGCUAUGACUUAUCUCUGUGUACAAGCAGUCCUGGAUUUGGUGCACGUCAACACUUAAGAUUGUGUACUGGUUGUAAGACAUUUGGGUUUUGUUACAGGGUCUUUUGUAUUUCUAAACGUGCUCACUUAGCAACAAUCAAUCUUGUGUGCAAAAAGAAAUCAAAGCAAUAAGUGGUAAACAUGUUCGCUCUGCCCCCAAACUAUUGGGCAAGAAAGGACCUUAAAAUGUCCGCUGGCCAUAUUUGAUGAAACAGCAGUUGAAAGAAAAACAGGCCAACAUCCGUGUACUCUACAAAUAUACCAUAGGUCUUCUGAUGCUUUUGUCAGUUUCAAUGUAUUGCCAUAAUUUAAAUGUGACAGAGAGUUUAUCACCUUAUCAUUGUACUGUGCUGUAGAGAUUGUAGAUGUUUGUAUGUAAAUGAAUAAAUAUGUGGAAUAAUAAAACAAAAAGAUAAAAAUGUUCAACAUGA